AUGAGAAAUAAGUUUGAGGAGGAAGUAGCGUUAUUAGAUCACUUCAAGUGCACGCGCCGGUUGCCAGGGAUGUGCGAUGAGAUCAUGGAUCACGGAGGCGGCUGUGUCGACGCCGGAGGACUAUUGCCUCCCGGUGGCAAACCUCAACACCUUGCCGCCCCCGGGGUUUUGCCCCAACAAAUGGGGGAGGUUUUAACUCCGAGAAAACAAGCAGUUGUUGAUCGUCUUCGUAGAAGAAUAGAAAAUUAUAGGAGAAGGCAAACUGAUUUUAUGCCUAGAUUCGAUCAAACGUUUAAUGGUCUUUGCGAACAAAACAUACAAGAAACUCUUUUAUUAAAGCAAAAGUUUUUAGAAAACAAAGCUAAACGUACGGCCAAAAAGCAGGAUAAAAAACAAUCAGAAAUACCAAACAACAUUCAAAACAAUCUUCUUGCUGCAUCUGUUCAUACUAUUGAAGUGUGA